UAGUUAGAUUAAACAGCCAAUGACGACGCGCAGGCACAUCAUCGCUAGUGAAGCCCCCCCAUCAGUUGUUGGGGUGGGUGAAUGUAAUUCGAUAAACAUAUUUCUUCGUCCCCCCGGAUUCUUAUUUCUUCCGACCCCUAGGAUGAUAAAUGCCAAGGACUCAUCGACUAGUGUUGAGCUCCAACUCCUAAUAAUUAAGGAGUUCACGUGCACUGCCCGGGCGCCAUUCUUUUAAUGCCUGCAUUUAAGAAACGCUCGGCGCGCACUUCGCUCCCCCCUCAAAAUUGCCAUCACACUUUCACCAGUCAUCACCACUCUCCACCUGUACUUUGGUAAUUCAACAUCUACCCAACCCAGCCAGUUCAUAUCACACUUUGCCCCCAAGUCAGCAUGUAAUUUAAUUGAUGGGAUCACCGAUCUAAUUGGAUCGAUGAGGAGGUCAGGACAAAAGAGUAAUUUCGACGGCCACUGAAGUCCUUCAAUGCCUUUUUAAUGCUCGAAACAGGGGUAGUGUCUGCGGACGUCUCUGCUCCCCUCUCAGGUGGCGGUGUCCCGACAUCAGCGGUGGCGCUUACCGGGUUCGUAGGGCUGCCUCGGCGCACGCUUUAGCAGGCGACGCACCGGUCCCCUACACUCACCGGCGAAACAGGACAAUCAAAAAGCGAGGCCGGGCCCAUUCGGUUAUGAGAUUGGAGGGGCCGAUGGCCUUGUCGUCUUAUCCUCCCCGCGCCACACUCGUCACCGACGGAGUCCCGUCACCGCCCUUCGUUAUAUCAACACACCAUCACCGUCCCGCUUGGAAGGCACGCGAGACAAUGUCGCUCCACCACCGCCAAUUGGACCUCGUCACCCACCUCGUCCCGCGUCACCUCCUUACCGCGGCUGCCGACGACCUCGACGUCGGCGCCGCCCCUAGCCCUUCGCCCUCCUUCCACCCUUCCUCCUUCGUGGCCCCGUUCCGGCCUGGCAUCGCCGUCAUCGUUGGCGUGCUCACCAUCAUCUUCUCCCUCACCUUCCUCCUCCUCCUCUAUGCCCGGCACUGCAAGCGCAGCGCUGCCUCCUACGGCGCUGGCGGGAGCGCCAAUGGGGGGUUCCCGCCCUCCGCCUCCGAGCGGCGGCACUCCGGGGUGGAUCGAGCGGUGGUCGAGUCGCUCCCGGUCUUCCGGUUCGGGUCGCUGCAGGGGCAGAAGGAGGGGCUAGAGUGCGCAGUGUGCCUGAGCCGGUUCGAGCCCACGGAGGCGCUCCGGUUGCUGCCCAAGUGCCGCCACGGCUUCCACGUCGAAUGCGUCGAUACGUGGCUCGACGCCCACUCCACCUGCCCUCUCUGUCGCGUCCGCGUCGACCCGGAGGACGUCCUCCUCGUCCCCCGCUCGGUGCCGGAGUCCCACGGCGGGGGUGGCGGGGAGAAGGCCGAUACCAAGGGCGGCGGUGACGGGGCCACCACUGUCGCACCGAACCCCUUCGGGCGCAGGAUAUCCGGGCGGCACUCAUCCGCCGGUGAGCGGUCGAGCGAGCCCCUCCAGAUCGUGGUCCAUCGGGCCGAACCGGCCGGAACGAGAUGGAGGCGCUCGGCGGAUUUACCCGGCUUCGGAAAACCCGGCGUCGACGCUGCCGUUGCCGGGGCGCCGAGGGUUCGGAAGGACAAGCUUCUGCCGACCGAAGCGACGGAGGACAGGGAGGCUUUCGAGCGGCGGCACAGCCACCGGAUCGUGGUCUCGGACGUCGACGUCCGCCUGGACCGGUGGAGCGACCUCCGUCCGACGGAUCUGCUCUUCCUGCGGAGGGAGAUGAUCAUCACGGAGAGCGGGCGGUUCUCGGCGUCCAAGGCCGUUCGCGCCCUGUCGUCCUCGACCGCCCCCGGCGACGCCGAUGCGGCCGCCUCCAGAUGUGCGUCGGAGAUCGCGGGGGUGCACCGAAUGCCAAGCGGCAGGGCCAACCCCACCGGCGCUGGCGGAGCAAGGCGGGCAGCGGAGGAGGAGCGGACACUGAGGCGGUGGAUGGGCUUCGCGGCGAUGCGGACGGCGCGCGGUCUGGGGAGGCGGGAGAGCGGGAACCGGCCGGAGACCUAAAUCGACGAUAACACCCUCGGACAUUGUCGGUUAUUUACGAACUGAUACCACGGAGAUUCCCGUUACGUGGGUCUGCCCACGGAGGAGAGACACGCCCAAAGAUGCGGUGGUCACGUGACCGCCGUGGCGGGAGGUGGUCAUUUUAACUCGCAUCACGGGACUGGCGACGCCCUCUGACAGCAGCCUCGCAUGUCUGCCGGGUGGAACUUGGAGGGCGCUUCCGAUAACCCUCGACGAGGCGCCUCGGACGGCGGUGAUACGUCUGUCGCGCUCGGGGAACGAGAUCGGACGGUCAAGGGGAUGGCGACGUGGGCUUUCCCCCCUUCCCUUUCUUUAGCGGACAGGAAAAGAAGUGGGCAGCGACACCGAACUCGGCAGCUGCGCUGGCGGCGCUUUUCGUGAGCUCGGCCGCGGCCGUGGAGGAGGGUGCUCUCCACCUGACGCAGUUCCCUGACACGAUAUAAAGCUAAAAAAGAAAUCGUAUUAUUGAUGGCCAAAUUCUCGCAAUUGCCAGAACUGUCAUACAUUUGUCCUUUUUGUCUACUUUUUCGGCUGUGUUAGUUUUCCUAAUUUGAAAUAGGACAAUUCGCAAUUAUUUAAAUAAAAAUUGCGAUUUGCAAUUUUUUAUUCGUACAU